AUGCACCCAAGCUAUUUUAACCCAAGCGGAAGUAGGGAUUUUGGCUCCGGCAGCCAUGUAGAGGGCAAGCAAGAAGCUGUCCCGGUCAAUCCUUUGAGGUGCAUUUGGAAAGAACUGGACUUCAUUAUCCAUGCUUGGUUCAAAUUGAAAGAGGACUUCCUCUGGCCCAACCUCAGUGAAGUUGAACUUAUUUUCAUCGAAGGGCUGCAAGACCUUAUUAACUCAAAACUCAGUUGGCCUCUUCUUGAGUGCUAUGCAGAGAAACAGGCUCUUGGGGAGGUGAGCUUUGAGUUCUUAAACACUCAAGUUGAUCCAGCAGUUUGGGAAAUUAGUGGACAUAUCACUCAUAUGGUACUCAAAAGGAAGGAGGACUAUGAGAAGGCCUCCGAGGAAAAUGCUUGGAGGCUCCUGGCUGAGGUUUCCUUGUCUGGAGAGACUCCACGAAGUGAUGGAGCUACUCUUUGA